AUGGCGGAAAAGGGCGAUGGGCCUGCGAUCGGCAUUGACCUUGGCACGAUGUACUCGUGCGUCGGCGUGUGGCAGCAUCAGAGAGUAGAAAUCAUUCCCAAUGACCAGGGCAACCGCACCACGCCGUCGUACGUGUCGUUCAGCGACUCCGAGCGCCUCAUCGGCGACGCCGCCAAGAACCAGGUGGUCAUGAACCCCAUCAACACCGUCUUCGAUGCCAAGCGUCUCAUUGGCCGGAGAUUUAGCGAUUCUACUGUCCAGAGUGAUAUUAAGCUGUGGUCCUUCAAGGUUGUUGCUGGGCCUGGUGACAAGCCCAUGAUUAAUGUCUGGUACAAAGGUGCGGAGAAGCAGUUUGCAGCGGAAGAGAUAUCUUCUAUGGUCCUCGUCAAGAUGCGUGAGAUUGCUGAAGCUUUCCUUGGCAGCACUGUGAAGAAUGCUGUUGUCACUGUACCUGCAUACUUCAAUGACUCACAGAGGCAGGCUACCAAGGAUGCUGGUGUCAUUGCUGGCAUCAAUGUCCUUCGUAUCAUCAAUGAGCCAACAGCUGCUGCCAUUGCUUAUAGUCUUGACAAGGAGGCCUCCAGUGGUGGUGCGAAGAAUGUCCUCGUCUUUGACCUUGGAGGUGGUACCUUUGAUGUCUCUCUUCUCACCAUUGAUAAGGGUAUAUUUGAGGUUAAGGCCACAGCGGGUGACACACAUCUUGGUGGCGAGGACUUCGACAACAGGAUGGUCAACCACUUCGUCCAGGAGUUAAAGAGGAAGAACAAGGACUUACAUGCCAACCCGAAAGCUCUUUGGAGACUGAGGACAUCCUGUGAGAGGGCAAAGAGGAUUCUCUCCUCUACUGUGCAGACCACCAUUGAGAUUGACUCGCUGUUUGAGGGCACUGACUUCCACUGCACCAUCACCCGGGCCAGGUUUGAGGAGAUGAACAUGGAUCUGUUCAGGAAGUGUAUGGAGCUUGUGGCAAAGUGUAUCAGGGAUGCAAAGAUGGACAAGAGCACCGUGCAUGAUGUUGUGAUCGUUGGUGGCUCCACUAGGAUUCCCAAAGUGCAGCAGCUUCUCCAGGACUUCUUCAAUGGCAAGGAGCUCUGCAAGAGGAUCAACCCUGAUGAGGCUGUUGCCUACGGGGCUGCUGUCCAGGCUGCCAUCGUGAGCGGAGAAGAGAACGAGAAGGUCCAGGACCUGCUGGAUGUCACUCCUCUUUCUCUUGGUCUGGAGACAGCCAGGGGUGUGAUGACAGUCUUGAUCCCAAGGAACACCACCAUCCCCACCAAGAAGGAGCAGGUCUUCUCCACAUACUCGGACGACCAGCCUGGUGUGCACAUCCAGGUGUAUGAGGGUGAGAGGACCAGGACCCGGGACAACAACCUUCUUGGCAAGUUCAAGUUGUUGGGCAUCCCUCCUGCACCCAGGGGAGUCCCCAGAUCACGGUCUGCUUUGACAUUGAUGCCAAUGGUAUCCUGA